GGAGCUCACACAUAACACAAAAAUGGCGAGAACCUUGUUGUGGCUCGCGCUCUUGUGCGCCGCCUUGGCGUUUUGCACCCGUGCAGCAGGCCUCCGGCUCGAGCUCACCCACGUCGACGCCAAGCAGAACUGCAGCACCGAGGAGCGCAUGCGCCGCGCCACGGAGCGCACCCACCGCCGGCUGGCGUCCAUGGGCGAGGCGAGCGCGCCCGUCCACUGGGCCGAGUCGCAGUACAUCGCGGAGUACCUCAUCGGCGACCCGCCGCAGCAGGCGGAGGCCAUCAUCGACACCGGCAGCAACCUCAUCUGGACGCAGUGCUCGACCUGCCAGCCGGCCGGCUGCUUCAGCCAGAACCUCUCCUUCUACGACCCGUCCCGGUCGCGCACGGCCAGGCCCGUGGCGUGCAACGACACCGCGUGCGCGCUCGGCUCCGAGACCCGGUGCGCGCGCGACAACAAGGCGUGCGCCGUGCUCACCGCCUACGGCGCCGGGGUCAUCGGCGGGGUCCUCGGCACCGAGGCGUUCACGUUCCAGCCGCAGUCGGAGAACGUGAGCCUCGCCUUCGGGUGCAUCGCCGCGACCAGGCUCACGCCGGGCUCCCUGGACGGCGCGUCCGGCAUCAUCGGGCUGGGCAGGGGCAACCUGUCGCUGGUGUCCCAGCUCGGAGACAACAAGUUCUCGUACUGCCUCACGCCCUACUUCAGCCAAAGCACGAACACGAGCCGCCUGUUCGUCGGCGCGUCCGCCGGCCUGAGCAGCGGGGGCGCGCCGGCCACGUCCGUGCCGUUCCUCAAGAACCCUGACGUCGACCCGUUCAGCACGUUCUACUACCUUCCCCUCACUGGCAUCACGGUGGGGGAUGCCAAGCUCGCCGUCCCCGAGGCCGCGUUUGACCUCCGGCAGGUCGCGACGGGGCUGUGGGCGGGUACGCUCAUCGACUCGGGCUCCCCGUUCACGAGCCUCGUCGACGUGGCGUACCAGGCACUGAGAGAUGAGCUCGUUCAGCAGCUGGGCGCCAGCAUCGUGCCGCCGCCGGCCGGGGCGGAAGGGCUCGACCUGUGCGCGGCCGUGGCGCAUGGGGACGUCGGGAAGCUGGUACCCCCGCUGGUCCUGCAUUUUGGAAGCGGCGGCGGGGACGUCGCGGUGCCGCCAGAGAAUUACUGGGGGCCCGUGGACGAUAGCACGGCGUGCAUGGUGGUGUUCAGCUCGGGCGGGCCAAACAGCACGCUGCCCAUGAACGAGACCACCAUCAUCGGCAACUACAUGCAGCAGGACAUGCACCUGCUCUAUGACCUCGAAAAAGGCAUGCUCUCCUUCCAGCCGGCGGACUGCAGCUCCAUGUGAUGACGAUGCCACCAGCCGGUCUUACGUAGAGUAGUGUAAGUGUAUAGACCCGGGGUGCAUUGGUGGAUAUAUGCUUGCAUUGUUUUAGAUUAAAGGAAGGAACAUCUAUCUUUCCGGCCUCUUCACCCUCGUGGAUGAAUGCGGCCAAAUAUGAUUGCAUUUGUUUUCUACUAUGAUAAUCUAUGACUAUAUGCAUUUCUUA